AUGUUCGCUAUCCAAAGGCAAUUACGGGUUGCACGUAUCUCAAGAGUAUUUGGGCUCCAAAAUGCUUGUUUGAGCACAAGGCAGUUCAGCUCCCAUGGCUUUAGGCUGCAGCAAACCUUGAAGACCGACGCACUCAAUGAUAAAGCCCCAGCAAAAAAAAGCGAAGAGCUUUCGGACCAGGAGGUAGAUUCGUGGCUAGAAGCUAUCGAUUCGCUAAGAUCAGAAUUCACAGAACAGCAGUACAUGCCGGAAUCGUCGCUGGCUGGCCCCGGACAAUCGAAAAUCAACCUGCUGGAAGAGGCUCUUAAGGCCAAGAAGGUAUUUGAGCCUUCGGAAGCGCAAAUAGCGGAAUGGGAAGCACUAAAACUGGUACCACUCCCUUUGCGUCAAGACGAAACGGUGCAACACGUCACAAACAUGAUGAUGCGUCACGGGAAGAAGCAGCGUGCAGAAAAGACCCUUUCAAGGGCACUAUACCUAGUAUAUUGUCACACUCGCCAGGACCCGCUGAAGAUGCUGAGAAAAGCACUUGACGAUUUGGCGCCUUUGAUGGUGGUCAAAACUUUCAAGACAGGCGUCGCCAAGGCUGCGGUGAUCCCCGUGCCUUUGAACAAUAGACAAAGAAACAGAAUAGCCUGGAAAUGGAUCUCGGAGGGUGCAAAUAAAAGAAGUUCUAGUGACCUUGCUGUGAGGCUGGGCGAAGAACUGAUAUCUGUUUUCAAGGGCAACAGCUCUGGUUUUGACAAGCGGGACCAAAUGCACAAGACUGCAAUUGCACACAGGGCAUACAUCAGGUUGAAGUAA